UGUGCGCGUGUGUGUAACCAUAUCCGCUUCGCCGAAACGGGUCAUGGAUCCAUAGUCCUUUUCCAUACUCACAUGUUUCCCCUCUUCCCGCCAUUUACCACAACACUCACAUCGCCUACUGCCGGAGCUUCUACUUACCGUUGAAGAGUGGGAACAGGAAGAAAGAUGGAGUUUAGUCUGAGCGGGAAUGCACUCAAAACCUUCGCUCGCUCCAUCACCUGCCUCGCCAGGAUCGGCAACGAGCUCGUUUUCCAGGCCACUCCUUCUCUGCUCUCUCUAUAUACUCUUAAUUCUUCCAGGUCUGCCUAUCAAUCCAUAAUGUUCAAGCCAGAUUUCUUUGAUGUAUAUUCAGUUUCAAGUGCCCAGGUGCAAUGCAGCGUCCUUUUGAAGGCCAUCUGUUCUGUUCUGAGAACCCCAAUUGCUAGCAUAGAUCGUUUAAGCGUGUUGUUGGCUGAUUCUGAUGCAUCGAAGGUGCAGUGGACUUUGGACUGUUUUAAUGGUGUAAGAAAGGCCUAUUGGAUUACUUGCAAUGUUGAACCUGAUAUACAGCAUCUAUCACUUGAUCGGCGAAAGCUUCCCAGCAGCUUUGUAGUAAGGCCUCGUGAUCUUAACAGGUUACUGGCUAAUUUUCAGUCAACUCUUCAAGAGAUCACGAUCAUUGCAACUCAACCAUCUGCCUUGCCUUGUGAUGCUGCUGAUCAAAUUGGGGGAAAAGCUGUUGAACUUAGAAGUUAUAUAGACCCAACCAAAGAAAAUGAUUCAUCACUACACACUCAGCUGUGGAUAGAUCCUACUGAAGAGUUUGUGCAAUAUACUCACACUGGUAAUCCUGUAGAUGUAACAUUUGGGGUGAAGGAGCUGAAGGCAUUUCUUGCGUACUGUGAGGGAUGUGAAGUUGAUAUACAUUUAUAUUUUGAUAAAGCUGGAGAGGACAGGCCAAUCCUAAUGGCACCAAAAUUCGGGUUAGAUGACGGAUCCUGUUCAAACUUUGAUGCCACCCUUGUACUUGCCACCAUGCUUGUCUCACAACUCAAUGGUGGAGAUUCUUCUGAACCUCCAACAGCAGCCACUGCUGGACCCCCAGGACAGCAGGGGACAAAAGGAACUAAUUCUGAGCAUCCAUCGGAUCAUACCAGAAUUUGGUCUGAACUCUCAGGAAGUGCAGCAAAAGAUGGUAAUGGUGGCGCAGAUAGGCAAGUCUCUGGGGAAAGAAACCAAAAUAUCAAUGAGCAGAGGACGAUUCAGAGGAUGGGUAUGAUGAAUAUUUCUAUAGGUAACAAUGCUGAUGGAUUGCCCAGUUCUCAUGAGGACUGCCAUCCCAUUGAAACAGAUAAUCCAGGACAACCACAAGAUGGUGCAGACAUUAAUUGCCAUGGUUUCUCACAACGCCAUCCAAGCAACUGGGUGGAUGCCGACGAGGAUGAUGAUGAAGGGGAUGAGACUGAGUUGUGUGUGCAGUCAACACCCCCAUACUCAUGAAUAAAAAGGGGAACCACAUAUUUAUCCUUUGAUCAGACCAAUGGAAGGGCUAGUAGCUGUGUCUGCUGUUAGCUUGUCGCAACCCAAUGGCAUUUAACUAUUAGUAUGUUUUUGGGGCUGCCUGUGAUAUUUCAAGAUCAUUACAGAGAUUCUUAUUCGAGAUAUGUGUUAGAUUUGUAACAAUUCAUGAGAACCAAAUUUGGCUCGAUUGUCAGUUAAGGCCCUGCUGUAGCUGCUUUUGAGCUAUUUAUUCCUUGCAAGCUCAACAUAUGUAAUCUUAACCUUGUCAUUGUUAAAUAAUUAUAUGAAUUUCGGUAGUUCCCUUCCUAUAGUUUGAGUCACACCAGAAAUGUCCCGAGGCAGUUAGUUGUACAAUGAAAUCUAAACCUCUGAAUUUCGGUUCAAGUGACACUUAAAGCAAUAAAGCACUUGCGAGAUGCCUCGGAUCCGGUGUUUAAUCUCCA